AUGACGAACCUUGAUCUAAACGAAUGGUUUUUUGCAUUUAUUCAUAUUUCAUUCAUUUAUACAUUUAUUACAUUUUUACAUCUUUUUGUUCCUGCAUAUCAUGUUCGUGGUUAUGUACAUGAUGGUCCUCCAAUCUAUCGUCUAAAUGGUUUACGAGUUUUUUUCAUAGUUAGUUUUUUAUUUAUUAUUUGUAUUGGAUAUUUUGAAUUUAUUGAUAUUCAAUAUUUAAUUAAACUUCGAAUAAAACAUGCAAUUUGUGCAUGUUUAUUAGGUUUAAUAUUUACAUUUAUUCUUGUACUUCCAUAUAAAAAAAAUUCAUCAUCAUUUUGGCUUGAUAUUUAUCUUGGUCGUUUAAAAAAUCCUCAAUGGUUUUUUAAUCGUGUUGAUGGAAAAAUUUUACUUUAUAUUAUAGGAGGAAUUGGAUUAGAACUUAAUUUAAUUCUAUUUUAUUUUGAAUAUUUACAAGAAAAUAAACCUAUGACAAAUAUCAUUCUUUAUGUUUUUCUAUUUAGUUUUUUUACAAUAGAAUAUUUUUAUCAUGAAUAUGUUCAUUUAUAUACAUUUGAUUUUAUUAUUGAAUAUGUUGGUUUUAAAUUAGUUUGGGGUUGUCUUGUUUUUUAUCCAUUUUUCUAUCCAACUGCUAUUUGGUGUAAAAUUCAUCCAAUACGAUUAUCUUUUAAUCGACAAAUUUUUAGUAUUUGUAUUUUUUUUCUUGGUUGGAUAUUAUCUCGUGGUGCAAAUAAUCAAAAAUAUUUAUUUCGAACACAACCAAAUGCUUUAUUUUUAGGUUUUAUUCGUCCAAUAACAAUUAAUGGACGUUUACUUUGUUCAGGAUGGUGGUCUCUUUCACGUCAUAUUAAUUAUUUAGGUGAUACUUUAAUGGCUAUUGGUCUUAGUUUAGCAAUUCAUGGAGGAAUUUUUCCAUGGUUAUAUCCACUUUAUUAUAUUUUAUUAUUUAUUGCUCGAGAAAGAACUGAUUAUGAGAGAUGUAAAAAAAAAUAUGGUCUUGAUUGGAAUGAAUAUUGUCGUCGUGUUCCUUAUAGAAUUAUUCCAUUUUUAUAUUAA